AUGCCACAGUCGAGUGCGGCCAAGGUCCCUAGCCAUGAGCUGGAGGAACUUCGCCGGACCGAGCUGGAGGCGAUUGAGAGUAUUCUCGGCUUAGAUUUCCGGAUUCUUACACCCAAAGCUUGGCAUGGGGCGUCGACUUCGCACGUAGAAACGUACGAAGUCACGCUCCGCCCUGAAAUUGAUCGACAAAAAGCCCAUGUUGCCGUCGUCGUGGAAAUGUCUCUGACCAAGAACUACCCGAAUGUAGCCCCAACGUGUCGUGUCAAAGUGAAUGAUUCACGUACCCGCGGUGUCUCACGCUCACAACUCUCGCGACUGGAAGACUGCAUGAAUGCGCAAGCGCGCUCCCUAUGUGGGGCGGAAAUGAUUUGGGAGCUUGUCAGUUUUGGCCAAGAAUUUAUCAGUUCCAACAACCAGGCUCCAAAAGAGCACACAGGUACAAAACUGAGCCUGGAAGAGCGGAUGCGACAGCGUGCGGAUGCAGAAAAAGAAGAUGCACAACGUCGUACGAUUAUGGAGGAGCAGAAAAAGUCCAACGAAGAAUCGCAGCGCUCAGCCUUGCUGGCAUCGCAGAUCGAGACAGAAACACAAAAGCAGCACCAAGCGAUCAAGCAUCAAAUGAAACAGCUGCGUGAUGAGCCUUUAGUGCCCCCGUCGCCUGCCGACGAUGCUUCUUAUGGCGAAGAUAUGCAUGCCAAAGAUGCAUUGGCUCUCAGUAUGCCUAUUCUGACCUUUAAUGAGCGUAUCACUGUCGGUGAUGUGACAUUGCAGCAUAUCCAGCGUGGACCGUUGCUAGGCUCAAUCUCCAUCGGUCGCCUUUAUAUCGCCAAUCCUAUCACAUCCAGUGGCGUGUCUGACAAACUAUGGAGCAUGGAAUGGUACCCUAUAUCCUCCAGCUACUAUACCACCACGACCGGCCUAAGAAAACUGGAGGAACUCGAGCGUGAUUUGGACCAGAUCUGUGCGUUGCAGCAUCCCCACAUUGUCCCUGUGCUGCAAUGGGCACGUUUGCCGGUGCCUGAUACCCAUCCAGAAAGUUCUCUGUUGUGCAUUGUGCAUGAUCAUGCCAGCACCUUCCAGCUCAAGGCUAUGCUUCAGCAAACAGGCACAUUACCUUGGCAUAGCGUUCGGAAAAUGGCGCUGGCGCUCAUGCAAGCGCUACGUAUGAUCCACCAAAAGGGAAUAACACACCGCCGUAUCGCCCUCGAUGCCAUUCUGUUUGACAAAGACUGUAUACAGUUUUCUGGCACGCUGUAUACCCAACGUAUCGUGGACCUACACCGCUCCAAUGCGCUCAAUGCACUCUCCCCCAUGGAGACAGAGAUUCCUGUGGGCUGGCGUGCACCAGAGAGUAUCAACAGCCCACUUGUGUAUGCCCCCGCUCGCGAUAUUUGGGACCUUGGACGUGUUCUAUGUCAGAUGCUUUUCGGUGAGAAUGUAUUGCAUCAAUUUGCCUCGCCGGAGGACAUGCUCUUAUCAUUGCAAAUGCCAUCAUCGCCUCUCCGCUCUUUCUUGGAACGUAUACUGCAUCGAUCUGAAAAGCAGCGUGGAUCAGCCAGUACGCUGUGUUCCCUCUUGGAGUCGCUUCAGGACGAUGCAAUGGAAGUAUCACCGUCCACUUCGAUCACGGAGGAGACGCCUCGUGGGUCGUCUGCACCUAUAUUAUCACUCUCGCCUUGUUUUCGCCCUCGCUCUUCCGACAUGAAGGCAGCACAGAACCAUUCGGUGACGAACGACCGUAUUGGCUCCUUCUGGCAGCUACGAAACACAGCGCCACCGACAUUCCAGCCUGUAUCACGCUACUUGAGUGAUUUUGAAGAGGUCGAAUUCCUAGGGAAGGGUGCGUUUGGCGUCGUUGUCAAAGCACGCAACAAGCUAGAUGAACGUUUCUACGCUGUGAAAAAGAUUCGCCUGAGCAGUUCGGCCGCAGAGGAAGAGCGAACCAUGCGCGAGAUCAUGGCAUUAUCUCGUCUGGAUCAUCCACAUAUCGUGCGCUAUGUGACCUGCUGGAUUGAAAGAACGGCUGUGCCGUCCUUGCCCACUGGGUUUGAGACCUCUGCCGAGACGGGCUGGGACUCUCAUCCCAUGACCACGAGUCAGCAGAUGGACGCUAGUGCACUGCAAGCCCUGCAGCGGAUUGGGCAUGAGCCUAUGGAUGAUUUCCUAUCUACGGAGAAAGGCUCAGGGGAUGAUAUGGACUUUAUCGAGUUUGAUCACGACUCUUCGAGGUCGGACUCUAGUGAUGUGAGUGAAGACGAUGAGUUCUCGUCUGAAGAGAUUUCGCCCUUGUCCCACUCGGCGGAGCCCGCAAUGGCCGACUCUUCCACGCGUGUGCUAUACAUCCAGAUGGAAUACGUCGAAAACCAGACGCUGGGUGAUGCCAUUGAGCGCGGUCUCAGUAUUGAACAGGCAUGGCAUAUUUUCCGACAAAUGCUCGAGGCCCUGGCUCACAUUGCUUCGCUGGGCAUCAUCCAUCGUGACCUGAAACCAAGCAAUGUGUUAAUGGACUCGCAUGGCGACAUUAAAAUUGGCGAUUUUGGCUUGGCCACGACCAAUUUGCAUGUGAUGGACUCCGGCAUGCGUGAAUCGAUGAUGGGCAGUGCGCCUGGUGAAUCGACCGAGCUCACGUCAGGCCUCGGAACGUUUUCGUACAUUGCGCCGGAGGUGUUAUCGAAGCAGGGUAUCAGCACGCGUUACAACCAAAAAGUUGAUAUGUUCUCACUUGGUAUCAUAUUCUUCGAAAUGCUGGCGUCACAGCGAUGCUAUACAACGACCAUGGAGCGAUAUCAGCUUCUUCGAGACCUGCGACUACCCUCUAUCAUGUUCCCGAAAACCUGGGACGCGACCCAGCUUUCCGCACAGACGGAAAUCAUUCGCCAACUCCUCAACCACAAUCCUGCCGAGCGUCCUACCCCGAUGGCCAUGUUACGAUCACCGCUUCUCCCGCCCAAAAUGGAAGACGAAUUUGUACAGGAACUCGUCCGACUUGCGGCGAAUCCUUCCAGUGUACAUCGACAUGAAUUGAUUCAUGCGCUUUUCUCCCGCCCACAGACGGAUGUAUUGCGCGAUUUUACGUUCGAUACUGGGGCCCAAGGGGAGGAAGACGAUGUCCUUGUCGGCGUCGUGACACGCCAUUUGCGCGAAUUAUUCUACAGACGUGGUGCUGUGCCAUUGCAUCCGCCUUUGCUGUUUCCCGCCAACGAUGUGUACAGCGCGGAGCGGCAUCUGGUCAAAAUGCUCGAUAAGACCGGCAAUGUCGUUUAUCUUCCAUACGAUUUAACGGUUCCAUUCGCACGUAUUUGUGCGCGUAGUGGACAUACACGAUUCAAACGUUUCGACAUCGGCGACGUGUAUCGUGAAAAUGUCUUGGCCGGUGGUCAGCCACGUGCGAUCCUGGCAGCUAGUUACGACAUUGUGUCGCAGGAAAUGGAGCCUGCGUCGGAAGCUGAAAUCUUGAGCAUUAUGGACGACCUCUUGAGAAUGCCUGGUCUGGCGGGCGAGGCAUGGGUCCUUGAGCUGAGUCACGAAACGCUUCUGCGUGCCUUUUUGGACCGGUUUCCAGCACGAUUUCAUGCCACAUUGAUAUCUGCCCUGCCAGCCUUGCUGACUCGGAGCACAGAAAAGCGGGCUAAGCAACAACUUUCAGAGGCUGGACUUACAUCCUCGCAGAUCGACGAGAUUGAUGUAUGGAAAGUACGUGGUGAACUCACGCCCACGUUAGAAAAGCUGGCCGCAAUUUGGACCUCGAAUGAGAGGGCCCUAUUGUCAGAACCCAUGGCGUACUUGACCCAGAUUGUUCGUCUUGCUUCCCAAUUUGGGGUACGGCAUAAGAUUCAUCUUGUUCCGCUGCUGAGUCACAGUCAUACACAUUACAGAAACGGAGCUAUGAUGGCUGUAUGCAAGCUCGUCAAUGGUGGAAAGCAUCGCGAUGUACUUGCCAUAGGUGGGCGGUACGAUGAGUUGCUUCACCACUUCGCCUAUCCUCGCACGGGUGGACAUGAGGCUGUACAUGCCGUGGGUAUCCAGCUGGCUGUAGGCAAGCUUGUCAAAGCGAUUGCCAAGUACCAAGAAAUAAAUAUGCCACGCUUUCUUGGCCGUCCUGAUGAAGAGCGGACGCUGGGUCCUUGGACACCCCGUCGUUGUGAGUGCUAUAUUGCCGCAAGUCAAUCCGGUUUAAUGGAGGCCAAGAUUCAAAUUUGUGCCAACCUAUGGUCGCAUGGCAUUAGUGCCGAUUUGCAGUAUGAAAAUGCGGCAGGUGAAUCGCCUGAACAUUCUGCUGCGAUGUGCCGAGCGGAAGGGAUUCUCUUCUUAGUCCUCGUGCGUGCACAUUCGCCUAUCCUUAAAGUCAAGGAAGUCAUUUCGCGGGCAGAGCAUGAAGUGGCCAAAGAGGAUUUGCCUAUAUUCCUGCACGACCGUAUUGCACGACAACGUCGGUUGGAUCAGACUGCGACACACACACGCUCGCGUGACGUGGAUGGAGGCAAGUCUGCUUCGGCCACAAAAGGAUUGCCAAAUUAUACGGCGCCUAUUUCUGCACGCUCGCAUGCACAUGACGUGCACUUAGUCCUACCGCAUCGCACAGAGCGAGGGAGACGCAGUGAGCGUCGAAUGAAGCCAACAGCGCGACACGCCAUCUCCGAUCGGGCUGGUGCGGAUGUGAUGCGCUUGGCCGAUGCACUGCAAUCAGGUUCCAUGCCCAUUGUCGCUGUGGAAAUCUCGCCGUCCUUGCUAGACCGUUUUGCUCGCGUAGCCUUGGCACCGGAUGAUGUCCUCAAAUCGUUCCUCAACGAAGAGAAGCUUUCGUCGGAUGAACGGGAGUAUUUGCGUAUGAUUCACUCUUAUCUUCAAAAUCUUAUCCAAAACGACACUUCCCAUACCCAUUCGAUUCCCCAAGCCAGCGGAGGGGCCCAUGUUGGGGCGUCUUCCAAUGCCAUAACUGGCUCUGCUCCACGUGCGAUUUUGUACGCUAUUAAAGAAGGUCGUAUUGCUUUUUGCUUAUAG